CGUCACGUGUAUUUCCUCGUCACCAUCCACGACGUCCGCCCUCAACCGGUGCCACGCCCUAUAGCCCAUUGCUGGCGGCCAACCACCCUCCCUCGACUUCAUACUCGCUCUUUUAAUCUCCACAAUGUCAUUCUUAACCAAGCUUUUUCGAAAAAAAGAUGACGAGGACUACGAUUCUAUUCUAUCUAAAAUAGCGAUGGACAUCCAGAAGCGUCAAGUGAAGCUCUCGGAAAUUCGCCUUAGAGAACGGAGGGCGACUCUACUGGUGACGUUGUACACGUUGGCAGGCUGGGCGGCGUAUGUUGCGUUGUGGUACACGCGUGUCUUGCCUGGGAGAUAUACUGGUGGGACGGUCCAGAGAGCGGUACGAGGUGUACCUGUUGUAUUGGGCCCAAUCGUCAUCCUCUUCAUCCGCCGGAUCGUACAAAUAUGGUAUACUCGUAUUGGCGAUGCUGAAGAGAAAACACUUCAACAGUUGUUGAAGCAACAACGAGCCAAAGUCGAAGAAAUAAAGAAGAAAACCAAUUACUAUUCAACACGCGAUCUCCUUCAACGUUACGAUGAACAAAGCUCACCCUCGACUCCACUUCGUCAAAGGACGCCUCAGCAACGAGCACAGGCUGCCACUCCAGCCCAAACACCCCAACAGCCUCGUUUGAAUGUGCCCUCGAACGGGCGACUCCAAACUCCACUUUCGACCGGUCUUCAAACACAGUUGUCCCCUGUCUUGUCACCUCCUGGGCCACCGCGAAAGCAAUGGUUCGACAAGCUCGCGGAUGUCGUUCUAGGAGACGAAGACCCCGCACGGUUCGCUUUGAUUUGCGAAAAGUGUUUUUCCCAUAACGGUCUGGUGAAAGAAAGUGUUUGGGAGGACACUCAAUAUGUCUGUCCAAAUUGCAAACACUUCAAUCCUUCCAGACGUUCGAAGAAGCAGGUAUCCUCCUUACCGGGCUCAUCUUUCCCCUCGCCAGCCUCCAUGAGAACCGUACCAGAUGCGGGCACCAAGCCUAUUCGGAAUCCAACGCCACAAUCACCCCUAAAGCCCUCGGAGGAUCAAGUAGCUGACCGAAGUAUGAUGGAUAUGGAUGUGGAAGAUUCUUAGGCGUAAUGGAAUGCUCUUACAGCGCGGGUAGGUGAAUACGAGGUGUCACUACAUUCGAUUUAUGAACGUAAAAUACUUCGGAAUCGUAGUCAAGUCGAGCAUCUUUCUUGAUUGUCAACUUGACAUCUGUCAACCGGACUACUACUAGUAUACAUAUGUUGUAUUUACGUUUAUUAUAAGUACUCGUGAUUUCUACAAUACUGCUCGAAUAGUAGAUCCACACACAAUUUGGAACUUCAUGAUCAAUGGAACUUUCGUCCAACGCUCU